UUGUUGAUAGACAAGUAGGUUUCAAUGCUUAGGGGCUACUAUAUCGAACCUGUAUCUGUUGCACACGAGGAAAUCAUGCUAAUAAUUAUUAUCAGGAGAUAUGACAUCUGCACUGUACAGUGUGUGCUGAAGAAGCGCAACUAAUCGUGGGAAGUUUGGCAUUCAACGCACAACGCUGUCUUCACUUCACCAACGCACAAGUGAACACAAUAACAAUGGAGAGUAAAACAGCAAACCUUAUAAAGCCUACAGUAUUCGUCACUGGUACUGUACCAAGAAUUGGUGUUGAACUUCUUGAAGCAGGUGGGUGCACAGUGAGUCAGUGGUCUUCCGAUGUCGUCAUACCUCGCCAAGAGUUCCUUGGACGUGUGAAGGGAAUCGAUGCUUUAUUCUGCAAAUUAACGGAAAAAAUCGAUGCCGAACUAUUAGAUGCAGCUGGACCACAGCUACGAGUAAUAGGAACUAUGUCUGUUGGCUAUGAACAUAUUGAUUUGAAGGAAAUCAAAAAUAGGAAAAUUGUGUUAGGCUAUACACCAGAUGUUUUGACAGAUGCAACAGCAGAACUCACUGUUGCUAUACUACUUGCUUCUGCGCGUAGGAUUUUAGAGGCAGCACAUGAGGUUAAAAGUGGUGGCUGGGGAAGCUGGCAACCUCUGUGGAUGUGCGGUAAAGGAUUAAAAGAAUCUACUGUUGGCGUAGUUGGAGCUGGAAGGAUAGGUCAAGGCGUCAUAGAUCGGUUGAAGCCUUUCAAGGUAUCGAAAUUCCUUUACUGCAAUAGGAAUAGGAAUUCAGAAGUGGAAGCAAAGGGGCCGAGCACGUGCCACUGAACAGACUUAUGAAGGAGUCUGACUUUGUGGUCGCCUGCUGUGCGUCAACACCAGAAACCCAUAAGAUGUUCAACAGAGAAGCAUUCGCACAGAUGAAGUCUGAUGCAGUCUUCGUGAACACCAGCCGUAGCAAUUCGCAAGAAGAUGUACGAUUACAAGUCAAUGAAAACUGAGUGCAAAUCUCCAGUGAAGACUUUCUG